GCGCCGGAUGCUCGGAGCCGCCGCUGCCCCGAGCGUCUCCCGGCCCGAGCUGCCCCCCAGCACCCGGCCCCUCGGCGGCCGCGCGGACGCUGCGAGCAGGGGCGGCCAUGCAGGAGCCGCUGCUGGGAGCCGAGGGCCCGGACUAUGACACCUUCCCCGAGAAGUCGUCCCCGUCGCCGGGGGAGAGGACGCGCGUCGGGGCCCCACAGAACAAGAGGGUGUUCCUGGCCACCUUUGCCGCCGUGCUGGGCAAUUUCAGCUUCGGGUAUGCCCUGGUCUACACGUCCCCUGUCAUCCCGGCCCUGGAGCACUCCUUGGACCCGGACCUGAGUCUGACCAAAACCCAGGCAUCCUGGUUUGGGUCUGUAUUCACCUUGGGCGCAGCGGCUGGGGGCCUCAGUGCCAUGGUCCUCAACGACCUCUUGGGCCGGAAGCUCAGCAUCAUGUUCUCAGCGGUACCAUCGGCAGCCGGCUACGCGCUCAUGGCAGGUGCCCACGGCUUCUGGAUGCUGCUGCUGGGGAGGACACUGACAGGCUUCGCCGGGGGGCUCACGGCUGCCUGCAUUCCGGUGUACGUGUCUGAGAUUGCCACGCCAGGUGUUCGUGGGGCCCUGGGGGCCACGCCCCAGCUCAUGGCAGUGUUCGGAUCUCUGUCCCUCUACGCCCUUGGCCUGCUGCUGCCGUGGCGUUGGCUGGCCGUGGCCGGGGAAGGGCCCGUGCUCGUCAUGAUUCUGCUGCUCAGCUUCAUGCCCAACUCCCCUCGCUUCCUGCUCUCCCGGGGCAGGGAUGCGGAGGCGCUGCGGGCACUGGCCUGGCUUCGGGGGGCCGACACCGACAUCCGCUGGGAGUUCGAGCAGAUCCGGGACAAUGUCCGCAGACAGAGCACCCGCAUGUCGUGGGCCGAGGCCCGGAACCCCCACAUGUACCGACCCAUCCUCAUCGCCUUGCUGAUGCGCUUCCUGCAGCAGCUGAUGGGCAUCACGCCCGUCCUUGUCUACCUGCAGCCCAUCUUCGAAAGCACUGCCGUCCUGCUGCCCCCGAAGGACGAUGCAGCCAUUGUGGGGGCCGUGAGGCUCUUCUCGGUGCUGAUCGCCGCCCUCACCAUGGACCUGGCCGGCCGCAAGGUUCUGCUGUUCAUCUCAGCCACCAUCAUGUUUGCUGCCAACCUGACGCUGGGGCUGUACGUCCACUUCGGUCCGAAGCCUCUGACGCCCAACAGCACCGUGGGCCUCGAGAGCGCACCCUUGGGGGGCACAGGGCAGCCCCUGGCCACCCCCUCCAGCUGCCUCACCCUGGUGCCCCUGGUGGCCACCAUGCUCUUCAUCAUGGGCUAUGCCAUGGGCUGGGGGCCCAUCACCUGGCUCCUGAUGUCAGAGAUCCUGCCCCUGCAAGCUCGUGGGGUGGCCUCCGGGCUCUGUGUUCUCGUCAGCUGGCUCACGGCCUUUGCCCUCACCAAGUCCUUCCUGCUGGUGGUGAACGCCUUCGGCCUCCACGUGCCUUUCUUCUUCUUUGCUGCCAUCUGCUUGGCCAGCCUGGUGUUCACCGGCUGCUGUGUGCCUGAGACCAAGGGCCGGUCGCUGGAGCAGAUUGAGUCCUUCUUCCGCACCGGGAGGAGGUCCUUCCUGCACUAAGUCAGGGUCCCUGCCCGGGGGGGCCAAACCACUGGGCGCAGGGCCUCUACGCUUGGCCACGAGCCCGCACGCCAAGCCCGGGAGGCAGCAGCCAUCUGCCUUCGGACAGGGCACAGGAGGACCAGAUAGAAGCACGGCAGGCCCCCCGCGGUGCACGUUCUGGCUCUGGGCAGGCAGCACCCUGUCCAGCCUGCGCCCCAGACCAGGCAGCCUGCCGCGUUGCAUGCUCGUCGGCCAAGACCCGCUGGCAGAGAAGGCAGCCGUGGGCCACAGGGGAGCCCACGGCCCAGGGGCUAGGACAAGGCCCUGCUGGGUGACCUGGGGCCUGGUUCUUUACUCAAGCGCGGAGGACGCCCCCACGGAGGGCUGGAAUGAGAACAGAGACGGUGGAUGGCUCCACACAGCGACAUCAUCGUGCCAUUUUGUUCUGAUCCGCUUAGUCACCAUGGAGCAACUUGACUACGGGGAGGAAGACAGAGCUGUACUUCUAAAAGCUUGUGGGUGCUACGGGGAACAUUCUCGACUCCCACAGGCCAAGGCCCAAGACCUAGCACAGAUGCCUCCUCCUGUACCCACCCAACUUCUGGAAAUGGGGCUCAAGUGCUCCUGUCUGCAAACCAUAGUCACCCUGUUUGUACAAAUAAAUCAGGCUCUCAGCCUUGGAAUGGCAGGACGGGGUCUACUGCAGGUGGGGGCGCCCACCCAGCAGCCGGGUUUGACUAGACCCAAACUCUCAGCCAAGGUCGCCAGGGCCUGCUGCCCCAGGCAAGGCCCCCUUUGUGGCCACCCCUGACCUGUCCGCAGUAAGGCAGCCUGCGAGGGAGAGCCUGGCUGCAGGAUGGCCUCCAGCCCCUCCCAGCUGUGUGACCUUGGCAAGCCACGUUCCUCGUCUGAGACGCUGUGAGCAGAACUGGGACAGGGCCAGCCACACAGAAGGUCCUCAAUAAAACGGCGUUACUCCCAGG